AUGUCUGAAUAUUUCAAGAAAAUGAAGCUCUCAGAGUUCGUCGAAUGGAGCACCAAUCAACUAAAGACCAAGUAUCUCCCGACACCACCGGCUUCCCCUGAACUCAACCCGUCGAUGCAAAUGGCGCUUAACCCUCCUCCACAAAAGGGUUUUCACAACGAUUCGUCCACGACAAAGACUUCAGAGCAUGUAUUCCAAAAUGACUCGAGUGAUACAGCUUUUAAAAAUGGACGUCCAACUCUUGCUGAACUUGAUUCUCAGGGUGACCCUGCUAGUGACAGUGCUUUCGACAACGUACCUCAAACGCCCCCAACUGGACGACUAUCCGUGACAAUUUUCGCAGGCCGCAAACUUCAUGUCAAUAGCGUCCAUGCCAAACCCUAUUGCGUUGUACAAUUCGAGAAAAAUGAAUGCAUCACUCAAGACGCAACAAGAGAGGGGGGUUUACCCCUACAGAGGGGAGGCAAAUCGGUGGAUUUCUUAGAUUUAGUGCAUGCUGCCACUAGUCCCGUCUGGAACCAGACUGUAACCUUUGACGUCUUUCGCUUAGACGAAGAGGUCCACGUGUAUGUAUAUGAACGCGUUCAGAACGACCAAUCCAACGAAAUCUUUUUAGGCUAUCUGACAAUCAAACCUCCGAGAAAACAUAAUGAAGUCAUUGAUGGUUGGUUCAAGCUAAUGCCACGCGGCAAUGAUGUUGUUUCAGGUGAAAUGCACGUUAAAAUAUCAUAUCAGGCCGUGGCGAAAGCCCAUCUUACCCCCGAUUCGUUUGAGAUCUUGAAACUUAUUGGUAGGGGGAACUUUGGACGAGUAUUCCAGGUCCGCAAGAAAGACACCAACCGUAUCUAUGCUAUGAAGGUUCUCCAUAAACAAGACCUUAUAGAACGUCGCGAGGUUCAACAUACACUGGCAGAAAAGAAUAUUCUCAUUCAAGCAGAGGCUUGCCCAUUCCUCGUAGGCUUGAAAUUCUCCUUCCAGACAAAGACACAUCUUUAUUUGGUAACAGAUUUCAUGAAUGGGGGAGAACUAUUUUGGCAUUUGCAAAACGAAGUAAGAUUGGCCGAAGAGCGAGCAAAGUUUUAUGCUGCUGAGAUUGUUUUGGCAUUAGAGCACUUGCAUAAAUUUAAUAUUGUUUAUAGAGAUCUAAAACCAGAAAAUAUUCUUCUCGAUGCUACUGGUCACAUUGCUUUAUGCGAUUUCGGUCUUUGCAAAGAAAAUCUUGGUGCUGGUCAAACGACGAAUACUUUCUGUGGUACAUCGGAGUAUCUGGCUCCUGAGGUCCUCGCUGAGUGUGGGUACGGCAAGUCCGUUGACUGGUGGAGUCUCGGAAUUCUUUUUUAUGAAAUGAUCGCUGGCUUCAGCCCGUUCUAUACCCACGACACUCAGAUGAUGUAUAGAAGAAUCCUGUUCGGUAAACUCAAGUUUCCCAAAGGGCUAUUCAGUGAUGACGCCAAGAGCCUUAUCAAGGGUCUCCUUGCUCGCAAUCCAGGUCAUCGUCUCGGCACGCAUCACGAUGCAGAAGAAAUCAAGAACCAUCCGUUCUUUGCCGCAAUAGACUGGGAGGCACUCUGUAACAAACAAGUAUCUCCACCAUUCAAACCAAAUGUCUCUUCUGAUGACGAUACAUCAUGCUUUGAUCCUGCUUUCACCGAAGAAGAGACUACAAUCGAUUGGCCGACUAUAUCGAAAACUCUCAGUCGUAAUGGGACCAACGCGAGCGAAGUGUUCAGUGGAUUUACGUAUUCAGGCGAAACAGUCGUCGGUAUUGGACGUGAACCUGCCGCUCUCACAAAUUCUGGUAAUUGA